AUGCCGCCCCGCCGUACUCGUAUACCACCUCGUCGUCUGAUUGAGACGAUGGGAGAUGAUCCGGCGACUCCUCGCCCAGCUGAGCGAGUUCAGGAAGAGGAGAUUGCUCCGACAGUUUUAGACCGACCAGAACAGGAUCAGGCGGGAGGAUCGACCCCAGUAUUGGAACUGGUCAGGGAGGUGAUUGAGCUGGUCAGACAGCAGAGGGACCCACAUCCACAGCAUCCCUCUGCUAGCUCGUCGGAUCAGGGGAGGAGCAUUGCAGAAUUCCGGAAGUUGGCUCCUCCGGCCUUCAAGGAAACUACCGAUCCCCAAGAGGCCGAAUGGUGGAUAGAUGAGAUGGAGAAGGCUUUCAGGGCCAUGGGUUGUACUGAGGAGGAGAAGAUCAGAUUUGCCACCUAUAUGCUUCAGGACCGGGCUCAUCAUUGGUGGGAGUCUGUGGAGAGGACUAUGAUGCAGGAUGCAGGAUAUGUGACCUGGCCGGGAUUCCGCAUGGCCUUCUACUCCAAGUAUUUUCCUUCCAGUCGUAUCAGGGAGUUGGAGAGGGAGUUUCUGAGUCUCUCUCAGGGGAGUAUGACUGUGGAGGAUUAUGAGGCUGAGUUCGAUCGACUGUCACGUUUUGCACCAUCUCUUGUCCAAGACCCUAAAUCUAGGAUGAGUAGAUUUGAGGAAGGACUGAGGCCUCGCCUGCGUCAGGGUUUAGCUGCUGUUCACUCGACUGAUUAUGAUGACCUAGUUGACAGAGCUAAAAAUAUGGAGAUCAUCUGGAAGGAGACACAGGAUGCUCAGAAAGGGAAGUCAAAGAGGACCAGGGACUUUGAUUCUGACGGUGAGCGGCAUCUGCGCCGACCUAUGCAGUUCCGUCCAGGAGCAGGGCAGCGAGUUCCAUAUGGGAGGACUGCAUCGGAUCGCAGGGGGAUAUCAGGAAUGUGCUUCAAGUGUGGCCAGACUGGACAUAGAGCUGUUGAGUGUCUUCAGACACGGCCUGGUAUUGGGGCAUGUUUCAGGUGUGGUCAGCAGGGCCACCGGAUAGCUGAGUGCCCUCAGACUCAGACAGUUUCUGGAGUUUGUUUCGGGUGUGGUCAGCCGGGUCACAGGAUUUCCAAUUGUCCUCGUACUAGAUCUGCGCAGAGGCCACCGAAUUCUGUAGCUCCUCAACGACAGACUUCCUUUACUCCAGUACAGGCUACCCAGUCAGCUGUCCUCAGGCAGCAGAGGGGAGGAGGAUCUCGCACCCAGGGACGGGUAUAUGCACUGACACAGCAGGAUGCUCAGGCAUCCAACACGGCAGUGACAGGUACCUUAUUAGUACAUUCUACUUAUGCAUAUGCACUAUUCGACUCAGGGGCCACACACUCUUUUAUUUCAUCCACAUAUGUGCAUAAGCAUGACAUAUUUUGCUCACCCUUGGAGAGAGAAUUAUGUGUUAGUACCCCAGCUGGGGGUAAGAUGAUCACCUCACUGAUAUGCAAGUCUUGCCCAGUAAUUGUAGAGGGUAGAGACUUGAAAGCUGACCUUAUUGUCAUGGACUUACAUGAAUUUGAUUUAAUUCUGGGUAUGGAUUGGUUAGCUAUAUAUCACGCUACCAUUGACUGCUUCUCGAAGCGGGUGACUUUCCGAAUCCCUGACAUUGAAGAGUUUUAUUUUGUGGGUGAUGGAGGGUGUGUCUCCCCUCAGAUAGUGGCAGCCUUACAGGGUAUUCGGUCUCUCAGGAAGGGGUGCUCUGUGUAUAUGGCAGCCGUCAUGGAUUCUGAACAGUCGGAACAGAAAAUUGAAGACAUACCCGUGGUCAGGGAAUACCCUGAUGUUUUCCCUGAUGAGCUUCCUGGUUUACCACCAGUUAGAGAGGUGGAAUUUGCCAUUGAUCUAAACCUUGGUACGGCACCCAUAUCUAGACCUCCUUACAGAAUGGCCCCUGCUGAACUAAAAGAACUGAAGGAACAGUUGCAGGAGCUAUUGGAUCUGGGUUUCAUUCGACCCAGUGUCUCUCCUUGGGGUGCACCAGUGUUAUUUGUGAGGAAGAAGGAUGGCAGUAUGAGGCUAUGCAUUGAUUUCCGGGAAAUUAACAAAGUGACUAUCAAGAACAGGUACCUCCUGCCCCGGAUUGAUGACUUGUUUGAUCAGCUUCAGGGUGCCCAGGUGUUUUCAAAGAUUGAUCUGCGAUCUGGAUAUCAUCAAUUGAGGAUAAAGGAGUCUGAUAUAGCCAAGACUGCCUUCCGCACCAUAUAUGGCCAUUAUGAGUAUCUGGUGAUGCCUUUCGGGUUGACAAAUGCUCCAGCUGCAUUUAUGGAUCUGAUGAACAGGGUAUUUAAACCUUUUUUGGACAAAUUUGUAAUUGUGUUUAUUGAUGACAUCUUAAUCUAUUCCAAGAGUCAUACUGAGCAUGAGCAACACUUGAAAAUUGUUUUGGAAAUUUUGAGACAGAAUCAAUUGUAUGGGAAACUGAAGAAAUGUCAGUUCUGGCUGGAUCAGGUGAUGUUCUUGGGACAUGUGGUAUCUAAAGAAGGAAUUAUGGUUGACCCGAAGAAGAUCGAAGCUGUAGUUGACUGGAACAGACCGACAAAUGUAUCAGAGAUCCGCAGUUUCCUUGGAUUAGCCGGCUAUUACAGAAGAUUUGUAGAAGGCUUCUCUAGUAUUGCUGGGCCCUUGACUCGACUCACUCGCAAAGGAGUGAAAUUCGAGUGGUCAGAUCAGUGUGAGAAGAGCUUCGAGGAAUUGAAGCGCCGGCUAGUGUCAGCACCUAUUUUGACUCUGCCAGUCACGGGUGUUGAUUAUACUAUUUACAGUGAUGCCUCCAAGAAGGGUUUGGGCUGUGUGCUGAUGCAGAAUGAAAAAGUUAUUGCCUACGCCUCUAGACAGCUCAAGCCUUAUGAAGAAAACUAUCCCACACAUGAUCUCGAGCUUGCAGCAGUUGUAUUUGCUCUGAAAAUAUGGAGGCACUAUUUGUAUGGAGAGACAUGUCAGGGAAUAUUGCAGCAGACAGUGGAAAAGAUUCAGUUGAUCAGAGAACGACUCCGAGCAGCUCAGAGUAGACAGAAAAGCUAUGCAGAUAUCAGGAGGCGGGAAUUGGAAUUUCAGGUCGGAGAUCAUGUGUUCCUCAGAGUAUCCCCUUCUAAAGGGAUCAUGCGGUUUGGAGUUCGAGGCAAGCUCAGUCCGAGAUAUGUGGGACCCUUCGAGAUUCUCGAGAGAGUUGGAUCUGUUGCUUAUAGACUGGCACUUCCACCUGCUCUAUCGGGAGUUCAUUCUGUAUUUCAUGUCUCCAUGCUGAGGAAGUAUAUUGCUGAUCCAAAUCAUGUGAUUGAUGUGGCACCUUUGCAGCUUCGCGCCGAUCUUACAUAUGUGGAGCAGCCUGUCCGUAUAGUGGAUAGGAAGGACCAAGUCUUGAGAAGACGCACUAUCCCAUAUGUCAAGGUCCAGUGGAGCAAUCAUAGUGAGAGAGAAGCCACCUGGGAGCUGGAGGAGGAGAUGAGAGAGAAGUAUCCAGCCUUGUUCUCGGAUUGAGGUAUGUUUUUAAUUUCGAGGACGAAAUUUCUUUUUAGUUGGUUAGAGUGUGAAGACCCGAACUGAAGUCGGCAAGGAGUGCCGACUUCAGUUGGGUCAUCGUGGUUUGCCCACGAAGACCACGCCGGCCGAACGGCCAGCGAGAUC